AUGUUUAGUCAAUUUAUGAAUUCAUUUUCUUAUACAAAGUUGGGUAAUACCAAAUCUCCAAUAAGAAAGAACAAGCUCGUGUUGUUUUUGUUGGUUGUUUUAGCAAUAGUGACUCUUUCAACCACAUUCGCUUAUACCAAAUUUGAUUUUGAAACAACAAACUCAUACCAAAAUGAAGAAGAACAUUCAAAGGUAAUAGAUAAUCAGCAAACUAAUCAUCGUGAUAAAAGAACUAUUAUCUUCCCAAAUGAUUUUCCAAAAUCGGAUGCUAAACUUGCUGAGUAUUAUGUUGAAGAAUUGGAAGAAGCUUUAGAUCCAGAAGACUUAAUAUUUAGAAAUAGGUUCACCUACAAAUUACCAAACGAUUUGUCUUUUAGUCAACAAGAAUUUGAAUUAUUUAGUGCUAAUUCCGAUUCUGCUUCUGAAGAUAAAUGUGAUGAAUUCCAAACAAAAAUGCCUGUUGAAGCUAGUCCCGCUUAUAACAAGAAUGCAGAUAUGAGAAAAGUUUUAACCAGAUUCAUGAUGGAAAAUAGUCCGUAUUACAACGAACUCAAACCAUACUUUCCAAAUUUGAAGAAAGAAUUAGACGAAGAUACAAUUGAUAAACAUUGGUAUCAAUUAAUUGGAAGUACCGUGUGGUUAAAACAAUAUGGUGUCCAUAUGAUGGUUUCAAGAAUUGUUUACACAGUCAAAGAUCAAGGUACUGUUCAAUUUUCUUUAACAUAUUUACAAGUGUUUGAUAGAAACUGGAAAGAAUUGGAUAAUGUUGAAUUGAUUGUUCCUCAAGAAGACGGUAGUUAUAAACCAAUUUUGUAUCCACAAUUUGCCCAAGUUCCAGUUUAUCAUAAUCCAAACCAAAUCUCCCGUAGAUAUUAUGGAGUUGAAGAUCCUAGAAUUCAAGUUAUUACCAGUCCAAGUGGUUAUGAAGAGCCAAUCAUCCUUUACAAUUCCCAUCAUAGAAAGAUUGCAUCUACUGACUUUGAAAACGAUGGUGAAGGUACAGUCAAAUUUAACAGCUACAGAUCAAUUUUUAUGGGUUGGUUAUGGAAAACACAAAAGGGUAAAUCUAAUUUAGAAGAAAUGCCCAUCAAUGAUGAUCAAGUUAAUAAUAUGGAAUAUAUUAAAGUUAAAGAAAUUUUAAGACCAAACAGAAAAAGAAAAGGAACUGAAAAAAAUUGGGCAAUGUUCUUCAACUAUAAAGAUAAAUUAGAAUAUGGUUACGAUCACUUUAUUUAUUUUGUUUAUCAAUUCAAGAACUUGAAAGUAUUAAAAUGUAAAAUUUAUGAAGAUGAACCAUGUUCAUGGGAAUUUCAACAAGAUGACUACAUGGGUGCUGGAUCAAUGCAUGGUGGUAGUGAAUUAAUCAACAUUAAUCAAAUUAUCCUGGAAAGUAAUUCUCCAAAGCUUGAAGCUUUACUCGAUAGAUUCCCUGAAGGACGUGAAAUUUGGAUUGGAUUUGCUAGAGCUAUGAUGAAAGGUUGUGGUUGUGGUCCAAAAAUGUAUAGACCAAACUUGGUUGUGUUGAUGAAAGAUCAAGAGAAUUAUAAAUUUGCUUAUAUUUCAUCAUUUGCUGGAUUGGGAAUUGAAAUCUUACCAUGGCAUGAAGGUAAAGGUUUGUGUAGUGGUACAAAUUUGAUUAUUCCUAAUGGUAUAUCAGCAUGGAGUAUUGAAAAGGAUGAAGAAGAUGACAGCUUAACUGAUUACUUAGCUUUCACCAUUUCAAGAAGAGAUGCAACUGUUGAUGUCGUUUAUGUGAAAGGCAUAUUGAACGGUUUAUUAUUUGACGAUCCACAUCCAAAAUUGUUGAAUACUAACCAGGAGGGUUUCCAUACUAAUACUCCAGUCACUUGUGCUUUGAAUGGUUCUGACAAAUUCUGUAAAAUAUAUGGGGCAAAUGUUAAAGCAUUUGAAGAAGCCAAUAAACCAAAAGAAGAAGAGAAAAAGGAUUAG